UUAGGAAAAACAUUUUAUCUGCUGAAUCAAAAUGAAUUUGUUAUUGGGCGAAAAGACUGUGAUAUUCUAUUACAAAAUGAUCAGUCUAUUAGCAGAAGACAUGCUAUAAUACGAAUAAAGGAGAAUCAUGCAACACUUGAAGACUGUGGAUCAAAGUAUAAAACUCAAUACAGAAAUAAGGAAAUAUCUCCAAAUGAAGAGAUCAGAUUGAAAAAUAAUGACAUUAUACAGUUUGGGGUCAUAUCUAGUCAGUUUAUCUUCAAGGUGCAAAAUUUUGUAACUAGUGGUACACGCUUGAGUAGUAUUCAUAAAACUAAAUUAAAGAAGGACAUUGCCCUGCUGGGAGGACUAUAUACAGAUAACUGGACUUCAGAGUGCACACAUCUAACUGUAGAAGAAAUAACUUUGACAGUUAAAGUUUUGCAUGCUCUCAUCGAUCAAAAACCAAUAGUGAUUCCAGCUUAUUGGUCCAAAUAUGUUGAAAAUAUUAACAAAAGAUUGCCACCUCCUAACAUUGAAGAGUAUCAAAAUCCACCAAUGGCUGAGGCUUUACUGAAUAAAGUAGAAUUGAAGAGUAAUAUCACCAGGAAAGAAUUGUUCAAAGGAAAAACAUUCAUGUUCUUGAAGGAAAAAUCUAAAAUUCAAAUGGAAGAUAUUAUCAAAAAAGUAGGAGGUGCGGCGAUGUCUUGGGAAAAGACUUCGAUACCUCUAGCAGAUAUUCUCAACAGUCAAAAAGAAUUUAUAAUCAUACAAACUCCCAAUCAAGAAGAAGACACACAUUUCAACAAAAUAAUCAAGCAUUUCAUUAAAAAAGGCCAAAGGACUAUCCCUCUUCAAGAAAUAGCAAUGGCCAUAGUUCACGGUUCAUGUGACAAAGAUUGUAAUCCAAACUUCAACAGGGCAGAAGAGGUAUUUCCAACCUCGAGAGCAAUAGAACCUACACAAAACAAUGCCCUUGUACCAAAUACAGAAAGUGAAUGUUUCUCUGAGGGUAUUUGUAAAAUAGAAGGUGAAACACGAAUGAUCAUUCCAGACACAUUCGAUCCCACAAUGGAAGCUGUAAAGAUAAAAAAUCGAAAAACUGAUACUUCCAAAGAAAAAACCGAUUGUGAAACAGUUAUCGAAAAAGAUAGUUCAAAAAGGGUUAGGAAUGAAACAGAACAUGGUAAUCCAAUAAAGAAAUUGAAAUUAGAGAAAGACAAAAGUAGAAGGGAAAUGGGUGUGCAAGAAAGGAACAAUAGUACAAUAAAAGACCAAGCAGAAAAGCAAAAUGAUAACUUCAUUUCAAAGGCUGUUACAUCUAAUAAAAGAAAAGCAGAACAGUGUGACGCAAGUGAAAACAAAAAAGAUGAUAACAACAAACCUUUUGCGAUGUUAUUGAAAAAAUCUAGAAAAGAUCCAGAAUCGACAUCUAGAGUAAUAAACCCCUUCAGUUUAACGAAGAAAUCCAGUAAAGAAGUAUCUCAAAUAUCUGAUGACAAUCCUUUCAAAUCAUCUGCACGUAAACCAUCAGAUGAAGAAACUCUACCGAAUAUAUUUUCUAGUACCAGAGUAAAUGACAAAUCACCUGAAAAAACAUGCAAUUCCUCAAGUAUAUAUAAAAUUGAGAAUCACGAAAUGAAUUAUAUGUGGAUAUCGAAAGAAACAAGUAGGCAUGUGAAGAAUGAAGAACAAUAUGAUACAGAGAUGCAGAGUUUCAUUGAUUUGUUCAAAAAUAAAGUAAUUGUUGAUGUCAUGCCAGAUAUCUCAAUUCGAUCUCGAAAAAGUGGAGAUGUUACAGAUGGGGCAGUCACUUAUGGUAGUGGAAACAAUUUCAAGAGGUUCAAGAAGGUGAGACCACUCUACCCCCAAAGUACGAUCAUAGGAAAAGAAAACUUUGUGGCGAGAUUCCCAGGCGAGACGACUGGUAUAAAUGACACAAGAAGAGUAAUACCUGAUUCAGAUGAUGAAUCUGAGACGAGAGUCAGUAAGAAAAGGCCUCCGAAGAAGUUCUUCAUUUGAAUAAAACCAGUUGUGUGGAUCAACCUAAUCAUUGGGAUAUAAUGAAAUAAUUCAACAAUUGAGUAUAUUCUGAAAAUUCUUGCUUCAUCAAAUUCAGUUUGGUCAAUGAGUUAAUCGUAUACUCAAUCAGUUUAUUUGCAAACCAAAAGUUAUCUAGAUGCAGUGGCUUAUAUAGAGGGGUACCUAGGGCUCCUUAUUAAAAAAAUGAUAUCAAUAGUUGUUGGUAGAUAACUUAAAAUUUCAUUUUCGUGGGAAGCUAUCAACAGAAUAAUUCUUUCAGGGAGAAAAUUUCACAAAUGCAGUUCAGUGUAGUAUAAUAUAUAGCAGUAAUCUUCAUACCCCCCGUAACAUACAUACUUAUAUACUUAUAUACCUCUGUCUAGAUGUCAUGAGGCGUUAGGGGGAUAAUUACUCAUGUGCUUACAAAAGUUAUCAAUAUGAACAUUUCAUUCCAGUAAGAUUGGCUGGGAAAU